AUGUCCCAUCAUCUAACACUGAUAAAGAAGAAGAAAUGCAAUGCGUCAUCCAACAGGGACGGCGGCGGCGACGAGAGACGCGCCGGCGGUGGUGGGGGUGGCUGCGGCGGCGGCGGCGGCGCUGGCGGGGGCGGCAACGCGCGGCGCGCUCCCUCUCUGCGCCUAGCGAACGGCCGGGUGGCGGCAGCGCAGUCCGAAGAGGAGAUCCGGUCGCCGCCGCCGCAUUGCCGCCUCGCCAAGGAUGACUCGAUCAAGAUCAGCAUCGAGAACACGAACACGUGCACCGACUCGCUGGUGACGGCCAUCGACGACGAAACGUUGCUGAUCGCGGACUACCUCUCCAACGACAUGAAUUACAAGGGCAGCGGGAAGGAGCCGGGCCCGACGCCGCUGGGCAGCGCCGAGGCCGGCAAACAGAGUUUCCUGAAGAACCAGCUGCAGGCGCUCUUCCAGCCCACCGACAACAAGCUGGCCAUGAAGCUGUUCGGGUCGAAGAAGGCGCUGAUGAAGGAGCGCAUCCGGCAGAAGGCCGCCGGCCACUGGGUCAUCCAUCCCUGCUCCAGCUUCCGGUGA